AUGAGGAGAAAGGAGCACAGAAAUGGCGUCGCCAGAAACGACCUAACCCGCCACCAAGCAGACUCCUGCAGGCGCACCCUCAGGCACUAUGACCCGGCCCACCCCCAGGCCUCUAAUCCACACAAGCUACAAGAAGCGCCCGUGCCACUAUACACACCGGAGCAAGACAACGGGGAGGAACAACCAGCAGUCCCCAAGAGCAAAGCAUCACCGCAGACAAGCAGCGAAGAGAUCAGGCCCGCGAACACAGCCUAA